AACACAAGGACUCGUUUAGUCCCUCCCUCUCUGGUUAAUGGUCAUGUGAUACGUGCUGCCUUUUCUCUGUCGCACCGUGGAUCCUGUCUGGACAGAAGGGAAGUUUCUCAAGUCAAAAGUUUGUACUAGUUUGUGAGAUAUUCUUGGUUUUAAGCAAAACACCGCCAUGGCGGAACUGGGUUUUGUGAUCGCCAUGUCUGUGAUGACCCUGUUUUGGGGUAUUGUUGGAGGAGUAGUGCCCUGGUUCGUCCCCAAAGGACCAAACAGAGGAGUGAUAGUCACAAUGCUGGUGUUAACUGCAGUUUGCUGCUACCUGUUCUGGUUGAUAGCAAUUCUGGCCCAGCUGAACCCACUUUUUGGGCCGUCUCUGUCCACUGACACCAUCUGGUACCUGAGAUAUCACUGGCCUUAAUUUACCCUUCCAGGACUCCUGACAAUGCAGCAGGGGUGGACCGGACACUGUUGCAUACCAAUACUCACUCAAUGCAAAAAUCAUUCCUUCUGAAUCGCCUUAAACUCAGACCCCUGUGUGAUUUUUGAGUGAUGCCCACACUGGUGCCUUGUACAAAAAUGAAUCCCAAAGGACUCCUGAGCGAUCUCACUGAAUGUGCUUAACUUAAAUGAAAGCAACCUUCACUUUGUGUUUGGUUGAUAUAUUAUGUAUAUUGUGUUUAUUGCUGUUGUUGAUAUGAAUGACCUUGCCUUUAAAUCGUUGAUGUGUGGUGUGUUUGAUGUGAUCACUUUUUGUCUGGUAAUAUUAGCGAUGGAUGCAAUCCAUUUGAUAGUUGUUAAUUAAUAAACUAAUAACUCCAUUGGUCCAUAA